GAUUAUAAGCAGAAAGCUCCACAAACAAUGCCGAACACCAAACACGCCACAACAACAACAACACUCUGCUCCACUUCACAGAUAACCGGGAAUGCGAAGCUUCUUAACACCACCACCACUUCCUCCAAACGAUGUCGUUUCACUCCAACUCCAAACCCAACCCUAGUUUCACUCCUCCGCCACCGUUAAAUCCCUGGCUCAACUCCACCGCCGCCGCAGCAGCAGCAGCAGCUGAACCACUCAACCCUAUGGUCCUCGCCAUGCACCUCUCCGACCCCAAAUCCAAAACCCUAAUCCCCAAUUCCACGCUGAUACUAAUGGACCGAACCCUGCUCCUCUCCGACGAGAUUCUCAUCAGAAUCUUCCAGAAGCUUCCAGAUUCGCAGCGAAACUCCAAUUCUCUCGUCUGCAAGCGCUGGAUGAACCUCCAGGGUCGGUUGGUCCGGACCUUGCGGGUCCUCGAUUGGAACUUCGUGCUCUCGGGUCGGUUGACCCACCGCUUCCCGAACCUGAACCACGUCGAUUUGGUUCCGGGUUCGUUCGCUUCACCGCAAGAGUUAGCCAACAUUGUAGUGAGUCACAAGCAGGUUUCGCUGCGCGUGGAUUCCACGUGGCGCGUGGAAAAUGUGUUGCCUAGUGAGGCCGUUGACGCGGGUCUCAGAUCGCUCUCCGGCGGCUGCCCCAAUCUGCGGAAGCUCGAGGUCGCCGGUGCCGGCGAGGCCGGGAUUUCGACCGUCGGUUCCGAGUGCGCCACGCUGCAGGAGCUCGAGCUGCAGCGAUGCGAUGACGCCGUCUUGCGCGGCGUUGCGGCGUGUCGGAAUUUGCAGAUUUUGAAAUUGGUUGGGAGUUUGAAAGGGUUCUAUGAUUCCGUGGUUUCGGAUAUUGGGUUCACGAUUCUGGCGCAGGGGUGUAGGAGGCUGGUGAAGUUGGAGCUUGUUGGGUGUGAGGGGAGUUUCGAUGGGGUUAAGGCGAUUGGGCAGUGCUGUGUGAUGUUGGAGGAGUUGGUGAUUGUUGAUCAUAGGAUGGAUGAUGGGUGGCUCGCGGGGCUUUCGUUCUGCGAAAAUUUGAAGACUUUGAGGGUUCAGUCGUGUAAGGUGAUUGAUGGAAGCCCUGGGUUGGAGGAGCAUUUGGGGUGCUGUGAAGCCCUUGAAAGGUUGCAUUUGCAGAAGUGCCAGUUAAGGGAUAGGAAUGGCGUGGGAGCGCUGUUUUCAGUGAGUAGGAAUGCUAGGGAUAUUGUUCUUCAGGAUUGCUGGGGGUUGGAUAAUAGCACCUUGAGCUUGGCUAUUGUUUGCAGGCGGGUGAAAUUGUUUUACGUAGAAGGAUGCUCGUUGCUUACAACAGAAGGUAUAGAGUCCGUAAUUGAGCAUUGGAAGGAGCUAGAGUGCCUUAGAGUAGAGUCCUGUAAAAAUAUAAAGGAUAGUGAUAUCUCUCCUGAACUUGCAACCUUGUUUUCUACUCUGAAAGAGUUGAAAUGGAGACCUGAUACAAAAUACCUUUUCCCUUCUGAUAUGGGCAUUGGCAUGGGAAGGAAAGGUGGUAAAUUUUUUAAGAGAACAUGAUGAUAUGAUUGAUACAUCUGUAUUCACUAUAUGUAGCAGAAUCUAGGCCAUGGUAUUAGGAACAUAUAUAUAUAUAUUCUCACUCACUGAUUAUAGUGAAAUUUGUACCAUUUUGUGAUCACGUAGUUAGUUUAGAUGGUUCAUAACUAGAAUAUAUCAUUGAUAAGGGGAGAUUGUUACUUCUUCUACCUUUCACCAACAGUGUAAUUACCUAUAAGCUCAACCCACUUCAUUCCAUGUUGAAAUUGGGUAACAUGUUGAAAUUGUUCUUUUGUUUCUGCAACUAGAAUAAGGAACAUAACCAAAGAUGUAAUUGUAUGUAUGCAGAACACACAGUUGACUUCAAGUUGAGAAUUGGAUUGGACCCAUUUGUUUCAUA